AUGAGAGACCCUGUGAGUCCGAGUGAAAGGCUGGCCGUAACACUUAGAUUUCUUGUAACAGGAGAUGCUCAGUGUACUAUUGCUGCAAGUUACAGAACCAGCGCAUCUACUAUCAGUAGGAUUAUUAGUGAGACAUGCACUGCUAUCUGGACAUCAUUGAAAAAGAGAAAUUUUCUACACGUCCCAUCAGAAAAACAAGAAUGGAAAACAAUUGCAAAAGAAUUUAAAAACAUGUGGAAUUUUCCGCAUGCUAUAGGUGCAAAAGAUGGCAAGCACAUCGUUAUGCAAGCUCCUCAUAAUAGCGGAUCAGAAUAUUUUAACUAUAAGAAAACGCAUAGCAUAGUUCUCCUAGCUGUUUGUAAUGCUAAAUACGAAUUUACUAUGGUAGACAUUGGUGACUCGGGAAGACAGAUUGAUGGUAGCGUUUUUAACAACUGCAGUCUUGGUUAUGCAAUUGAAAAUAAUAAAUUGAAUAUUCCUAAUCCCUAA